GUAACCAGUAGGUACGCAGUGGUCCAGUACGUACGCAUUUGGCAUUUAAAAAUGUCCCCACAAAAAAAGACCAAAGCAAAAUCAACAAACUUCAUAUCAUAUUAUACUUCAACCAUCCCUCCAUCAUAUACAGAAGUAUCCCACAAAUAACAUGUAUAUCAUAAAAACUAUGUACCCUAAAAGAAUGCAAUUAGGAAAUGUGGUAGUUUUCUUAGGGAAAUGCUAAGGAUUGCAAAUUUCGUUUUUGUUGUCUGCCUUGUUUCCGGUGUAUUUUUUUUUUCUUUUUCCUUUUUGCAGGUUGAUUUGGGAGGGUAAACUUCAAGAAAUAGGUGUUGGUUUUAUUCCAGUACAUAUCUAUAAACUGGAAAAAAGGUGCGUACCUACUGGACAAGGAAAUCAAGACUUGACCAGUAGGUACGCAUUUUUUCAAAUGACUGCUAGAGAGACGUAUGCCACAAUCCACAGCAAUACAACUCAAGCUCUAUGGCAUAUGAGAACAAGAAGCACUGUCCUGUGAAAACUGUCUGUGUGCCACCUCAUCAAACUUACCCCACUGGCUGUCCAGUAGGUACGCAGUGCAUGUUGUCCAGUAGGUACUCUCGUACCUACAGGGCAACAUGCACUGCGUACCUACUGGUCAUCCUUCCUUUUUCAACUUUUUUUCUUUACAGGAACACAAUAGAAUAUAAUACAGGUAUUACAAAUAUGGCAGGGUCACCCAAGAAGAAAAAAACUAAGUUGGCACAUUCGCCCAAGAAAAAGAAAACAAAGAAAAGUGUAAUUCAACGAAAACACAGUGACAAAAAUAUAAAGAGUGCUCUGGAUGACAUUGAAGAGUAAGUAAAAAUGGACACAUUUUAACCCUUUAAAAUAAAUGAAAUUUAUAGAGGUAGAGAUUCGAAAUUAGCCUAACGGCCAAAAGUUAGUUAUCAUGACUGGGCACAACAUACUAAGCCUAAUAGACUGUACUUCUUUUCAGACUUGGUUUAUCUAUCCGAGCAGCAGCCAAGAAGUAUGACAUACCUGAGUCUACUCUUCGUCACAAGAAAACUGGACGCCGUGGAAUUUCCACAAAGAAAGGCCCUUCAACCAUUUUAAGUGAUGCAGAAGAAAAGGUGCUUGUGAAUUAUAUAAUUCAGGCAUGCAAACGAGCACACCCUGUUACAAGGAGGAAUGUAAUGGCUGCAGUGGCUUCCAUUCUGAGUGACGAGGCAGAAUCUGGUAUAGAUGUACACAGAAAGCUACCCAAAUCAUUUGAUAAACUACCAAAGGACAAGUGGUGGAGACUCUUCAGGAAAAGACACCCAGAACUAACUUACAGAACACCAGAGACCCUAAGCAGUGCACGAAAAAACAUAUCUCUGGCAGUUGUGAAACAAUGGUUCCAUGAAGCUCAUGAUUACAUCAAGGAAGUUGAUGCUUUGGAUGCUCUUGAAGACCCCACAAGAAAUUUCAAUAUUGAUGAGACAUCCUUUUCUCUGUCCCCCAAGCAAGGUAGGGUAAUUGCUGUGACUGGUGAGAAGCUGGUAUUUGAAGAAGCCUCCCUAUAUCAAAAAACAAAUAUAACUGUUGUAGCCAUCGUGAGUGCUGAUGGCAAAGUGCCUCCUCCCCAGAUAAUAUAUCCAAGGAAAAGGAUCAGUGUUAACAUGGCAGAGCAGUUUCCAGAGAAUAUAGAAUUCAUUGCUGGGAAGAGUGAGAAAGGGUAUAUAACAUUUGAAACCCUAUAUGAAUACCUUUGUAAUGGAUUUCAUGACUGGCUAAAUGCUUCCAAUAUAAAGAGGCCUGUUAUUCUGUGGACAGACUGGCAUGAAAGCAGAAGUAACUACCAUCUUGCUCAAUCUCUUAAUGACUUGGGAAUUAUUCUCUAUGGAUUGCCACCCAACACAACACACUUCAUGCAACCUUUGGAUGUGGCAGUCUUUGGUCCGCUGAAAAAGGGGUGGAGAAAAGAAUGUAAAGAAUGGGAAAUGACACAUAAUGAUGAAAUAUUAACCCAGGUUAAUUUUGCCAAGGUCUUUUUGCCUGUCUAUCAUAAAUUCAUCACAUCAGACAACAUAAAGGCAGGAUUCAAGAAAUGUGGUCUGGUGCCUUUUGAUCCGGAGGCCCCUGACUACAGCAAACUGGAAGCUGCUGCAGCACAACGGGAACACACAUCCACCAUUUAUGAAGGGGUGGACCAGGGGGGAUAUAAAGAAGCAUCAAGUCAGACCAAACCUCCACUUGUAAUAAAUCGUACAACCCAGACAUCCCCUGGAAUAUGUGUGAUGACGAGAGAGGAGAGAGAAAAGAUGUGUAAUCUAAAGGGUUCACUGUGUGAUUUGGUGCUGGAAUAUAGAGGAUACACACAUAUCCUGACAGAAUAUAUGAGUGUUCCUUUCACCACUGAGAGUCCUCCAGUAGAAUUUCAAGGAAACCCAAGACCUCACUCAAGUCAAGAUGAAUCAUCUACUCAAACAGAAACACCUUCAACAUCAGGGAAAUCCUCAACAAUCAGUCCUGCAAUGAAAGCUCACAUGUUCUACCCAGAGAGGCGUGAAGGCAGAGGUCCAAAGAAGAUAAGAAAUAUAGUAGACAGAGUGUAUUCCAUUUCCUCUUUCAAGAUGGUUACAGAGUAUAAGAGACUAAAAGAAGAAAAAGAUAAGAAAGAACAGGCAAAAGGCAAGAAAAGGGAAACUCGCAAGAAAGGCCCUGCACCAAAAAGAAAGAAACAAAUAAUAUCUGAGCCAAGUAGUGAAGAAGAGGAUAGCCCCACAGAAGCACUGGAAUAUGAUAUGGAGACAGGGCCUUCUGGACUUAGUAGGUCUGCAGGUGUAGGUGACAUUGGAGAUGAUCAAAUCAGUUUGAAUGACAGUUCUGAUGAGAGUUUAAACUGUGAUGGAGAUAACUUUGGAUAUGGAAUCACUCGUGAGGAACCUAAAUUAGAUUCAUGGGUAGGGGUAAAGCUAGAAAAAGGUGUAUUAUCCUGUAAAGGCAGGAAAGUAACCCCAUUUGAGGUGUAUAUUGCCCGAAUAACAAAGGUUGAGGAGGAUGGGUUUGAGAUAUCCUUCCUGAAGGAAAGGAGUCCUGGUUUCUACGUCGUCCCAGACUACGCGGAACUAUCAUAUCCUCACAGAGCAUGUGAGCUAGCUGUACUAGAACCCCCAAAUCCAGAGUGCAGGGGCCGUGUUCAUGGAUUUGCAUUUACUACUUCUAUAAAGGAAAUACUUAUCUCCCACUUCAAAUUGUAAAGUGAUAACUGCUAUUUUGUUUGAAGGAAGUCCUAUAUUCUUAUUCACUAAAACUAAAGUUUUUCCUUUACAAUAUACAUUUCACUUGAUUAAGUUUAACAACUGAUUAGAGCCUAUUCAGGAUCCAAUUAGAUUCAAUAUCUAUAUUUUAGAUUUACUUAUGCUUUUGAGUUAUUUUCUUGAAGAAAUGCCCAAUAAUUCUUUUCAUUUACAUGGAUGGAUAAUUUCUUCACAUAACGGAGGGAGCACUUUUCUUAGUGUUUUAUAUGCAGCAUUAUAUUUAUUUUUUUCAGAGUUACUAAAAUGUAAUUCAGUAAUUGUAGUACUCAGGUUAUUGUUUUUAGUAACCAAAUCAACAUUAUGCCUAUACUUGGACAGAGGAGCGUAUUUGAAUUAAGAAAUUAGAGAAUAAAGUAUUUUUUUGUGUUUUCAUCACCUUUACAUGAAUACAUUAAUUACUGCUUUGCGAUCACCAAAAACAAAUAAACUAACAUAUAAAGGGAGGUUGAAUGAAUAAAAUAUCCAAAGGAGACUCUUCUAGCUGUUGUAGUUUUUUAGUUAUAAAUUAAUGAGUACCUACUGGACAAGGGUGAGUACCUAAUGGGUAGGGGUAGGCCUAAACGUACGCACUAACUUUAUACACCAUUUUUUCUGUACAGUUAAAUCUUAUUCGAAAAAUGCUUGUACCACAUGAAACUAUAGCCAUUCCUUUAUUUGCAAACAAUAAUUGAUGUAGUUUGCUUAAAUAGUAUAGCGGGUACAGGUCAGAGUGUAAAAAAAUCGCCGAUUUUUUGCGUACCUACUGGUUA